GAUCUUUCUUCUUCUUACAAAGUCUCUCUCUGUUCACUCUCGGAACUACAAGAAUGGAGUCUAUCUUCUCCACGAUGAUUGUCCUGCUCUUGCUUUCUUUUUCCUGCCUCAUUUCUACAGAAGCUCUCACCAGCAACAAUGGAAACAUCACAAUCAAAUGGGAUCUCAUGAACUGGACGCCUGAUGGCUACGUUGCAGUGGUUACAGCCUACAAUUACCAGAAACAACGUUCGGUUCCGGGAUGGAAAAUGAGCUGGAGAUGGACCAGGAAAGAAGUGAUCUGGAACAUGUUUGGUGCAAAAACCACACAGCAAGGAGAUUGUUCCAUGUUCAAAGGAAAUAUCCCGCAUUCCUGCGUUCGUAAGCCAACAGUUGUCGAUUUGCUUCCCGGAACUCCUUUCAAUCAGCAGAUCGCUAAUUGCUGCAAAAGUGGUGUCUUAAAACCUGGUUUAGAAAGUGCAUUCCAGUUAUCUGUUGGUAACGCUGGUAACUCGGUUAAGACUGCUCGGAUGCCCGCGAACUUCAUAUUCACCGCACCUAAACAACAGUACAUCUGUGGACCGAGUAAGAACGUUAGACCAACGAGGUUUAUAACCGCCGACAAAAGGAGAACAACUACAGCCCUGAUGACCUGGAACAUUACUUGCGUCUUCCACAAAGCAACAUGAAGAGGAAUAUUCUCACAAGCAAAUCUAUCUUCAGAGAGUUUGCAUAGUACUGUUUUCCAUGUAUGGUUUUUGUUUUAAGACAAUAAAAAUACUACUUUGAU